UCAGCUGCUCACUGCUGUCUCUCUCUGUGCUGAUUUACCUGCUUCAGUCCAGAAGACAAAGAGCACAAAUGGCAUUCUCCACCCGCAGCAUCCAGUGGAGUACGGGCAGCCGUGUCCAGCCCUCUGCACCCAGUGUCAGUAGUCUGACCUCCAGGAAAAUGUCCAUCCAGAAGAUCCAGGCACCCAGUGUCUACGGGGGAGCCGGGGGCUAUGGCACCCGCAUAUCAACCAGCACCAGCUCUGGCCAAGGCCUCGGAGGGAGCCUCCAGCUCAGCAUCACUGGGAGUGAUGUGCUGCUGGCUGGCAGCGAAAAAUCAACUAUGCAAAACCUGAACGAUCGCUUGGCUGCGUACCUGGAGAGGGUGCGCUCACUGGAGAAGUCAAACUCCCUGAUUGAGAUGCAGAUCAGGGAAUGGUACGAAAAGAACACCGUAAGCACAGGGCAAGACUACAGCUCCUACUUCAAAACAAUUGAAGAGCUCCGAAAUAAGAUUUCUGCUGCCCAGAUGGAAAAUUCCAGGCUUGUCCUGCAGAUCGACAAUGCCAAGCUGGCUGCUGAUGACUUUAGGCUGAAGUUUGAGAACGAACACCUGCUCAAGCAGAGCGUGGAGAGUGACAUCACCGGACUGCUCCGUGUCCGUGAUGACCUGACUCUGACAAAUGCUGACCUGGAGUCCCAGAUUGAGAGUCUAACAGAGGAACUCGUUUUCCUUAAGAAGAACCAUGAGGAGGACCGUGACAGGCUGCGCAAAGAGGCGAGCGGCUCUGUGAACGUGGCGGUGGAUGCUGCUCCCGGCAUUGAUCUCGCAGCUAUUAUGGAAAACAUGAGAAAGCAAUAUGAAGAAAUGGCAGAAAAGAACCGCCAAGAAGCCAAAGAACGUUUUGAAAAGCAGACAGUAGAACUGAACCAGGAAGUUGCCCUCAAUGUUGAACGGCUGGAGGUCCAAAGGAAAGAGAUCACGGAACGGAGACAGGUCUUCCAGAACCUGGAGCUGGAAUUACAGUCCCUGCUGUCCAUGAAACAGACCCUGGAAGGCUCUGUGGCUGAAACAGAAGCACGGUACAGUUACCAGCUUGACCAGAUACAGGGAGCAAUUUCCAGUCUGGAGUCUCAGCUGAGGCAGCUCCGAGCUGACAUGGAAGCUCAGAACAAUGAGUACAGCACCCUGCUGGAUGUCAAGACUCGCUUGGAGAUGGAGAUCGCCACGUACCGCCGGCUGCUUGAGGGAGAGGAAAGCGGGCAUUUGGAAGUGAUAACAUCGACAACAGAGUCUGAACAAGAAUCAAGUAAAUUUAAGAAGAUCAAGACAAUAGUUGAGGAGGUGGUUGAUGGCAAGAUUGUCUCCUCUCAGGUCAAAGAGAUUGAAGAAAAGAUAUAAAUGGCACCAGCAGAAACGAUCCCUCUGAGUUCCCUGGAGAUGCCAAAACUAAAAGAUCUAUAAAGAAUCUUAUCUAAUUGACCCUAAACCCCAGAAGGAUUAAAAAAUAUCAAAUAUUU